UGCGGCUCUUUGCUUUAGAGAAGAUGGCAGCCCAGCCGCCCAAGUCGGUGCUGUUUGUAUGUUCGGGUAACAUUUGUCGAUCACCCAUUGCAGAAGCAGUUUUCAGAAAACUUGUAACUGAUCAAAAUAUUUCAGAUAAUUGGAGGAUAGACAGUGCUGCAACAUCCACUUAUGAGAUAGGAAACCCUCCUGAUUAUCGAGGGCAAAAAUGCAUGAAGAAGCAUGAUAUUCCUAUGAAUCACGUGGCCCGGCAGGUUACCAAAGAAGACUUUGCCACAUUUGAUUAUAUACUGUGUAUGGAUGAAAGCAAUCUGAGAGAUCUGAAUAGAAAAGGUAGUGCAGUUAAAAACCGCAAAGCGAAAAUUGAACUACUUGGGAGCUAUGAUCCACAAAAACAACUUAUUAUUGAGGAUCCCUAUUAUGGGAAUGACUCCGACUUUGAGACUGUUUAUCAGCAGUGUGUUAGGUGCUGCAAAGCAUUUUUGGAGAAGUCACAGUAAAGCUGUAUCCAUUCAUUGCUGAAGGCCAACAAUGAUUCACAUCUUAAACAGUGAUGUUCUAGGUUUUUCAGUCAAUCAGUGUGUUAAAAGUGUAGUGCUUCAUAGUUCAUGGCCACAACUUUUUUUUUCAGUUGACUUACUGUUUUUUAUCUUAAAAAAUAAUUGUAGAUGGAAAUCAAUGUUGUGUUUGGCAGAAGAAUUAAUAAAAAUCUUUGAUUCAGACAGUU